GCCUGAUCCGUGAAGCGCGCGCCCGCGUGGUCGCCGCCCCUCGGAAGCCUCCGGGGCCGCACACGGGUUCGCUACGGAGGGAGGCGGGGGCCUGCGGGAGGAGGCGGAGGAGGAGCGAGGGAAGAUGGCGGCCGUGGAGCUCGAAUGGAUCCCCGAGACGCUCUACAACACCGCCAUCUCCGCUGUCGUGGACAACUACAUCCGCUCGCGUCGCGACAUCCGCUCCUUGCCGGAGAAUAUCCAGUUCGACGUUUACUACAAGCUUUACCAACAGGGACGCUUAUGUCAACUGGGCAGUGAAUUCUGUGAAUUGGAAGUUUUUGCUAAAGUCUUGAGAGCUUUGGAUAAAAGACAUUUGCUUCAUCAUUGUUUUCAGGCUUUGAUGGAUCAUGGUGUUAAAGUUGCUUCUGUCUUGGCCUACUCAUUCAGUAGACGGUGCUCUUACAUAGCAGAAUCAGAUGCUGCGGUAAAGGAGAAGGCUAUCCAGGUUGGCUUUGUAUUAGGUGGCUUUCUUUCCGAUGCAGGCUGGUAUAGUGAUGCUGAAAAGGUUUUUCUGUCUUGUCUUCAGUUGUGUACUCUGCAUGACGAGAUGCUUCACUGGUUUAGAGCAGUGGAGUGUUGUGUGAGGUUGCUCCAUGUGCGAAAUGGAAAUUGCAAAUAUCAUUUAGGUGAAGAAACAUUUAAGUUAGCUCAGACAUACAUGGAUAAGUUAUCAAAACAUGGCCAGCAAGCAAACAGAGCUGCUCUCUAUGGAGAACUAUGUGCGCUCCUGUUUGCAAAAAGCCACUAUGAUGAGGCAUAUAAAUGGUGUGUUGAGGCGAUGAAGGAAAUUACAGCAGGCUUACCAGUCAAAGUUGUGGUGGAUGUUUUAAGACAAGCUUCUAAGGCCUGUGUAGUAAAACGUGAAUUUAAGAAGGCAGAACAAUUAAUUAAACAUGCAGUGUACUUGGCACGAGAUCAUUUUGGAUCCAAACACCCAAAAUACUCUGACACGCUACUAGAUUAUGGGUUCUACUUACUCAAUGUAGAUAAUAUCUGUCAGUCUGUUGCAAUUUAUCAGGCAGCCCUCGACAUUCGACAGUCAGUGUUUGGAGGCAAAAAUAUUCAUGUAGCAACAGCUCAUGAAGAUCUGGCUUAUUCUUCCUACGUUCACCAGUACAGCUCUGGGAAAUUUGACAAUGCACUAUUUCAUGCAGAAAGAGCCAUUGGUAUCAUUACCCACAUCCUACCUGAAGAUCAUCUUCUUUUGGCUUCUUCAAAGAGGGUGAAAGCACUUAUUUUAGAGGAGAUUGCAAUUGACUGUCACAACAAAGAGACGGAACAGAGGCUGCUUCAAGAAGCACAUGACUUGCACUUGUCUUCACUCCAGCUAGCUAAGAAAGCUUUUGGGGAAUUUAAUGUACAGACUGCAAAGCACUAUGGUAACCUUGGAAGACUUUAUCAGUCAAUGAGAAAAUUUAAGGAAGCUGAAGAAAUGCACAUAAAAGCAAUUCAGAUUAAAGAGCAACUUCUUGGUCAAGAAGAUUAUGAAGUAGCCCUUUCAGUGGGACAUUUGGCAUCUUUAUAUAAUUAUGACAUGAAUCAAUAUGAAAAUGCUGAAAAACUGUAUUUGCGAUCUAUAGCAAUUGGAAAGAAACUGUUUGGUGAAGGCUACAGUGGACUAGAAUAUGAUUAUCGAGGCCUCAUUAAACUUUACAACUCAAUUGGAAAUUAUGAAAAAGUAUUUGAGUAUCACAAUGUUCUGUCUAACUGGAACCGGUUGCGAGAUCGACAGUAUUCAGUGACCGAUGCCCUUGAAGAUGUCAACAGCAGCCCCCAGUCCACCGAAGAAGUGGUGCAGUCCUUCCUGAUGUCUCAAAAUGUUGAGGGACCAAGCUGCUGAGGGACAGCCUCAGCUAACAAUUACCUUUUCCCAGAUUCCAGGGAAUUCAUACUGUGAAAUCAAAACCAUGUUGUUUUGGGGCUGGUAUUGCAUUGAAACACUGGUCCAGUCCAUUGAAGACCCCAUUUCGGGUAGUCCUGUAUUGCAGUUCCUGUAGAAUAAGCAUAUAUUGAGUUAUAUCAGCAUGUGCCGUGUGUGUAAGUAGUCCCACAUUCUCACCCCAUUAGAACAACAGGAAACCUUCCCCCCCCCACACACCUUUUUAAAAAAUAAUUCAUUUUUCAGAAAGCCUGAAAGAAAAAAAGAACCCCUAAUAAAACUAUUUAAGAGUUUAAAAGAGUUGCAUUCUUAUUAUGUAAGGAUGAUUUAACAACUUUUUAACAUAAUUCUUCCAUGUGGAGGUAUUCGAUACUGUAUUGUAAAGAAAUUUUAUGGAAAACUCUUUAUAUGCAGUAUAGAAAAGUAACACAGGUACUAAUAAAAGGGGGGCAUCCUAAUGUAGAUUUGGCUAUCUUUCCCCAGAUUGAUGCAUAUAGCCAUUACAGAACUGUGUUUCAGGGAAGGACUGCUGUCAGUUUCAUCGGACUGGACCAGUGUUGAUUUGUCAGUCACAACACCAGGUGGACCAGCAGCUCAGCUCUUACUCUGUUUUUGGUACAUUAGUAAGAUGCCCUAACAGUGUUUGCUAACAGGACCAGAAGGCUCUAAAAGGACCAGGCAACUGUGGAAGGUGGUUAUUUGGACCAGGGGCUUUAGGUUAUUUUAGUCACUGUGCUUGCCUUUUCCAAUAGAGUAAUUGCAGUUAGAUAGAAUGCAAAGUAUUAAAACAAGAGUUUUAUUUGUAUCAUAGAUACCAAGCUAUGGGAUUUGGGCAAUGUCAGAGGCAAAUCUUAAGUCAAGGUACACAGAUGGGAAUGUCAUAAGCAAGUUUAUGACUGUAUACUGCAGCCACCCUUGUUUUAAUCUUUGCCCUAACACUCCCAUGUUGCUAACAAACGUACUGGCUAGGAGUCAUGAAAUAACUCAUGUCCAGAUGAAAAUUUUAGGUUUACUGUAUGUUUGUGGGUAUUAAGAAGACUGAAUGCACAAAAAUAAGUCUUAGAAAAUCCUUCAUUUUUAUGGGAAAUAAUAGUACAACUAGUUAUUUUAACUGAAACCCAGGAGUCUAGUGGACAGAUCCUCCAACUGUAAUGUCUGACUUUGUAAUUUUUUAAAGCUAGCCAGGUUAUUUAAUGUGGAGCUAAUACUCAAUUCCUUAGUUACGACAUGUAACAAAAAUAAAGGAAAAGGUCUUUUGCUGUUACCUCAGUUCUUAGCACAGUGGCCUGUCCAGUGCCUGUAGUUAGACACUGGGUGUCUUCUGACAGCUCCUGACUUGGCUGUUAGACACAUUGCUUCCGGUAAUGCUUGGAGUAGUGUGUAGGUUGAGCGAAUGUGUGUCAGAUUCUGUUCUUUAGCAUGCUUGUUGGUUAAGGGGAAAACAAAGUUAUCAUGUAGAGUACAGAAACAUUAGAAACUUCAGAGUUUAUCAUUUUUAACUUCCCAGUUUUAACUUUGUUUAAAAUUAUUUGCAGUCUUAGUGAUAAACCAGUACAUUUAGGUCCUUAGAAAGGAACUUACUGAGGAUGUACCCGAGUAGAUGAGGCAAGCUCCCACCCUAAGAUAACAGCUUUGAAUUCAGAGGUGAAUUUAUUCAUUCCUCUAACUGAAUUUCUUUAUAAGUCAGCACACUUGCAGUUUAUGCAGCCGGUUCCUCCAGUUAAUUGCAGUCUGUUGUUCAGUAUCACUCUAUUACCAAGUAGGCUGUGUGACCAGGAGUGGCAUUUCUAAGUUACCCAGCUCCAGCUGCACGGGCCUAUAUAUCUAAUACCUCCAAAGACAUUGUCAAGAUAGGCUUUGUUUACUAUUAUUGGCCAUUAGAGCCCUGUGGUAUGUUUGUGGUAUAGGAAUGUCGUGCUAAAUUGUUUUUCAAUAAAUAUUUUGAAACUUAAGUUUCCACAUGAAUUAUUUUUAUUUAAUCUAAAUUUUUGGUAUUAUACAUAUACAACAUUUUUGUAUAAUCAGAUAACUUAAAGACUCAUCCCCCUUAACUCAGUUUAAGCUUAACUCAUACUUGGUGAUAAAAUAACAUGAUAUUUAGAAGCCUGUGGUUACAGGGUGAUGACAACCAGCCCCUACCCCAGCCAGCAUCGUUAUUGCCAAGUUUUUCCAUCUUACUGUUCCUUUAAUAUAGUUUUCUCUAAAUUCAUAAAAAUCUAAUGCCUAUAUUCUAGCAAUCUGUUUAGUUUUUUCUUGUUGGGGGGUUGUUUGUUUGGGGUUUUUUGUUGUUGUUGGUUUAUUUGGUUGGUUUUGUUUUUCAUGACAGGGUUCCUCUGUGUAGCCCUGGUUGUCCUGGAACUCACUCUGUAGACCAGGUUGGCCUCAAACUCAGAGUUGAACCUGCUUCUGCCUUCCAAGUGCUGGGAUUAAAGUUGUGCACCAUCACCACCUGGCACAAUCUGUUUUCUUAAGUGGUGUGAUUUGAUAUGUCCUGAUUGUACUGAAAAAUAAUCUAAUAAUUUCAAGUGUUGCAUUUAUGCCUUUAGCAAGAAUGCUUACGACGAGGUAAUAAGAGGAAUACCACCGUGUUUUGAAUUUUAAAAUUAAAGUGGGGUAUGAUGGCAUAUAUCUAUAAUCUCAGUAUUCAGGACACUGAAGCAGGAAGAUACUAAGUUCCAGGUAGAAAGAUUCUGCCUCAAACAAAAAUCUCAAAGGAAAACUGAAUAAAAUUUACCUCACAAUAAUCAAUUGCUUGUAUGUAAUUUUAAAUAAGGGCCUAUGGUCUCACCCUUCCUGAAUUCUCUUAUUCCUAAAGCUUGGUGCUACUCCAGUUGGGGGCAUUGGGGAGCUUGUGCAUAUGACACAGGUGAGUCACUUGCAUUCAGUUUAAUAGCGCCAACUGGGUUUUUUAGUGCAUAAUAUUCCUGGGUCCUCAAACUAGACCUUGUCCUGAGGAAUUGGACCCUUUCUCUAUCAAAUUUACAAUCUUUUUAAAAACCAACUAAACAGUACCCUGCCCAGGUAUUCCUGCAUUGUGAGAAUAAAUGAUUGCACUAAAGACCUUUGUCCUAAACCAUGAGAAGAUUUCACUAGGUACAGGAAGGUGCUUGGUUGCACAAGCUUUAAUCCCAACUACUCGGAGGCUGAGACAGGAAAAGCACUUGAUCAGCUAGGACAACCUAGUGAGAUCCUGUCUCAAGAAGUCAAAUGGAAGUGCAGCAGUACAAGCUUCAAAGUCUUGAGCCCACCAUUGAACUUGUCUUUAUAGUUCAAAUAGCUGAGCCUAAAUAUGAUGCAAGCUUUUGGCCAAAACUUUGCAAAUUCAAAGGAUGGUUUGCUAAAUAACAGGUAUUGUUAUCUGCCACUUAUUUUUUUAUGUUUCCCCCCUAGGUAUUUUGGCCUUGCUGCUUCCAGUCUUCAUUCUCUGGGUUAGCAGAGUUACUACUGGAAAAAUUCUUAUUUAUAAUUACUGAAUUUUAAGAGUUUUAUUUUUGUUUUAAAAAUGAACACUUCUUUCACCUCUUGGCUUUAAAGGGUUUCAAAUUACCUGGAGGGGAGGGGAGAUUUAUUUUAAAUAAGACAAUUGAAGUAGUCUACAGAUUUUAAGGCUAGUAGUUCCUUUGUCCCCAAAUCUCAGGAAUGUUUUAGGCAGGAAACCGGCUUUUAUCCUGGUGGUGAUUUGAAGGUGUGUGUUUUAGGAUUUCUUAACACUGUUGUUAUUUGCAGUUCUAGGUAUCUAUAGCAUGAGUGGCCUUAAUGAGUUUGUUGAAGUGCACAUGUUUUUCAAAAGUAAAAUUUAAGAUUAAAUAUAUAUGCUAUAUAUAGAUAUCUAGAAAACUCGGUUAUGGUGCACAGUGUUGGAUCACUGAAUCAAAGGUACCAUUUGUAUGACAUCACUCGUUUUCUGUAUAUUCCUUUUAUGGGAAAAUAUGUUGCCAUGGUGACUAAAACUUUUACUUUUAUUAUGUGAAUGAAUGCUAUGUUUUAUUAAAUAUUACCAGGUCAGUACUAUUUUUAUACCUUAUUAAGCAACAGGGGUUAUAGUUUAAUAGGUUCAAAAGAAAUCCUUAACGGAAUAAUUACAAGUGAACACUAACAUUCUUUACAGGAAAAUCCCCACUAGUAGUGCCACAGGAAUUUCUAUAGAAAUAUCUAAGGUCAUUAAUAGACUCUGAAAACAGUUCAUUAAGUCAGACAGCCUUUCAUCCAUUCUCACCUUGUAGCGCCCGCCGUUAUUUGUAACUAUAAAACCACACUAAGUAUGUUUGUAACCAGCAUUGUGAUAUAUUCUGUACUUGUAUUGCUAAAUGAUUUAUUGACCUAAUAAAUAGUGUUCCUGCA